AUGGCUGCUACUCCAGUGAAGAAUUCGAAGAUGCCAUAUGUUCGACUCGGGAAGUCGGGGCUGAAGGUGUCCAAGAUUAUCUUGGGCACGAUGCAAUACGGUAGCUCUGAGUGGCAAGACUGGGUAAUAGGAGAGGAAGAUGAGAUCGUCAAACACGUGAAGGCAGCAUAUGACGCUGGCAUCAAUGCCUUUGACACUGCGAAUACGUAUUCCAACGGCAUGUCCGAAGUCAUGCUGGGAAGAGCUAUCAAGCGGCUCCAGCUUCCUAGGGACGAGAUAGUCGUCAUGACCAAGGUCUACCGACCUGUCGGCCGUACACCUGGGGGAAACGUCAUGGGGGCUGCUAAUCCGGACGACAUAGGAUUCGUCAAUCAGCAUGGACUAAGCCGAAAGCAUAUCUUCGACUCUGUCAAGCAUAGCUUAGAACGGCUUCAACUGGACUAUAUUGACUUGCUGCAAUGUCAUAGGUUUGAUUAUAACACUCCCAUCGAGGAAACGAUGCAGGCGCUUCACGACGUCGUCCAGGCAGGAUAUGUCCGAUACAUAGGCAUGAGCGCUUGCUGGGCCUAUCAGUUCCACGCCAUGCAGAACUACGCCAUCGCGCACAAGCUGACACCCUUCAUCUCGAUGCAAAACCACCACAGCCUGCUCUACCGCGAAGACGAGCGGGAGCUCUUGCCGACUUUGAAGAUGUUUGGAGUGGGUUCGAUCCCAUUCUCUCCGCUCGCGCGUGGUCUCCUCGCCAGGCCGCUGUACCAGGAGACUAAGCGGGGCGCUACUGAUAACGUCGAAGAAAUAGCUAAGAAGAAGGGUAUAAGUAUGGCCCAGGUGGCCACCGCGUGGAGCUUGUCGAAAGACGGUGUGACCGCGCCUAUCGUUGGUACGACAAGCCUGAGGAAUCUAGAAGACAUCAUAGGUGCCGUACACGUCGAGUUGACGGAGGAAGAGAUCAAGUAUUUGGAGGAGCCGUACGUGCCUCAGGCUGUCAUCGGACACACUUGA